GAAAAUAUAGCAUAUUUUUGAGUCACAUAUAGUGUAUUUUCGAGUAAAUGAUUGAAGUUAAGCAGGAACAAUAGUCGGUAGUCCUUAUUUUCUAAAAUACAUCCACGUCAUUACAUCUUGAAUAAAAUCUGCAAAUAUAAAAAUUUAAAAUUGUGACCAAUUAAAAGACAAUUUGUAUGAAAAUAUAAUAUAUUUUCGAGCCACCUUAUGUAAUUUAUGUUUGUAGUAAGUUAAUGAAGCGGCCGACAUUGCCGGCAGACCUUCGACGCUUCUUUAUCGACGUGUCAUCUUUUCUGGUAGCCGAAUUCACAGGUUUUACUCGCUAAGUCUUUUGUCAGCAGUUAGGUACGAUUAUUUAUACUUUUCGAAAGAAAAUCAUCCAACUACGGCCAGCAGAGAGAGAGAAAAUUACCAUGGAUUGAAUAUGCUCUAUUUACCGUUACGACUGAUUGCUAACAAAAGUUAGGUCAAGCCGUAAGAGCGAUUCAAAGCAGCUUGUUUUAAAGUUCUUCCUUGACGUAUGGAAUAAUGGAGGACGGUUGUAACGCAUAUGUAUUUUUACAGAUACCACAGUGAAAGUCCACGAUGUUGCAGCAUCGAUCUUAUAGUCUACUUAGGUUUAUUCGACGCAACAUCAGUUGCUGUCAUAUCAAUCAGUUCUAUGUGCUUCAAAUUGGGAACAUACAAAGAAAUACCGGUAUCGUCAUCGCUCCAAAGUUCCGAUCGAGAUGCAGGUUUCAUGGGAGCUUCAAUUCCUUCAGGAUUUAUGGGGAUAAAUACAAAGAAGACAAUAAGGUUUUCACAUGGGCGUCUGUUCUAAUUGCCAGAACGGUAUCGACCGAUGCUAAGUCAAAGAAAGGUGAAACACAGAAAACUGAUGAUGAUUCGGCGAAGAAAGAAAAUACAGAUGGACAGAGGAUAAUUGAAUUGAAGGAAGAAAGGUUAGGUAAGCUCAAGGAGAGAGUACUGGAUGUAGUUUCUGAGAAAGCUGACGACAAGAUUGAAAAGACAAAGGAAAAGAAGGCUGAAAAGGAAAAGGGAAUGGAGAAAAAUGCAGUAAAAGAAGAUUCAGCGAAAAAAGUGCCACCAAAGAAGAGAAUUAGGGUGGAUCAUUCGGCAGCUUCUUUAGAACGUAAUUUUAUCACUCCAAUUAGAGCUAUGUCAGAUUUCUUGUUGAAGCCUUCGGAUCUAGAAUCAUUACCAAAGACUAAAAGAAGAUCUCCAUACGAAUAUGAACCUCCUAUUACGGUUUACUGGAGAAAAGACGUUGAAGCAAAAGCUUUGGAAGUAUGGGGCUCGAGGGAAUCUUUAUUGAAGGAGCUUCUCAAGAAAGAGCUGGAAAGGAAAAUGUACCAACAAAAUGUUUUUACGGUUAAGAGAAGACUGAGGGAUUACAGAAGGGAAAUGGGUAACAAGGGAGAGACUAUCGAGCAAGAAGGACUCUUCGGUAGAUCUGGUCGAGUAGUUGUAACAGCGAUUAUAAUAAACGCUAGUAAUUUCUUGUUCAAGCUCUUCGCUUGGGUCUAUACAGGCUCUCACAGUAUGUUCUCAGAGUGCAUACAUUCUGCAGCGGACACUUGUAACCAGCUAAUCCUGGCUUACGGCAUUCACAAAUCUCUGCAGAAUCCUAAUCCAGAUCAUCCGUACGGUUACAGCAACAUGAAAUAUGUUUCAUCGUUGAUAUCUGGUGUAGGAAUCUUCUGCGUGGGUACUGGUCUCUCAUUCUAUCACGGGAUCCAUGGUCUGCUUUUUCCAGAAUCCGUAGACUCCUUUUAUUGGGCGUAUUUUAUUUUGGGUGGCUCAUUGGUGUCGGAAGGAGCCACGUUAUUAGUGGCGAUUAACUCCAUUAAAAAGGGCGCCGAAGAGAAGAGGAAGAAAUUCAAGGAAUAUGUCUUAACAGGGCAAGAUCCUUCCGUCAAUGUCGUCCUUAUGGAAGAUCUAGCAGCCGUUAUCGGAGUGGUCUUCGCUGCUUCUUGCAUGGGUCUGACUUCGUAUCUGGAUAACCCCAUGUUCGAUGCAAUUGGUUCCAUUCUUGUGGGAGGUCUUCUUGGUGUCGUAGCAUCAUUUAUAAUUUAUACUAACGUAGCGGCUCUAGUUGGCCGGAGCAUUCCCCAGGAAAACUUGGAUAAAAUUAACGCAGAAUUGGAGAGUGAUAUCAUGGUCAGAGCGAUCCAUGACGUUAAGGGAAUCGACAUGGGAAACAGUCUGGUGAGAUACAAAGCUGAAUUGGAUUUUGAUGGAAGAGAAUUAACUAGGUCGUACCUUGAUAAGCACGAUCUAAAUGCCAUGCUGGAGGAGGUGAGAAAAAUGCAGAAUAUCGACGAGCUUGAGUCGUUUUUACUUAAGCACGGUGAAAACAUUGUCGACAUGCUUGGAGGUGAGAUUGAUCGAAUAGAACUGAAAUUGAAGAAAAAUCACCCUGAGAUUCGACACUGCGAUUUGGAAAUUCUGUAAACUGCCUACAGAUCUGUUGAAAUGUGAGAACUCAGAGGAGAGGAGCCUAACUAACAAUUAUAUGAAUUCAGUCGAUGUACAUACUACUUUUUAAUUACAUCUAUGAAAAUUUCUGUAGUUCAUCAGGGAGUCUAAAUGCCUUCGUACAGUGGUACUUAAACGCGUACUCGAUUUACAGGAAGAUUCACUUUAAUAAAGCUGUAUACGGAUAAUUUAUUAAAGGAACAGCAUUACUAAGUUUUAAGACUUGCAUAAUAUUCUGCGAAUAAUUGUCAUUAAUGAACAACUGCUCACAUUUAAUUGAUGACUAUUCAUGCGAACGAUAUAAUUAUCGAACAAGGUUGUAAAAAUUCAAUCGGAAUACUUUACCAACGUGAAUAAAUUGAUUUACCUUUA